UAUGCCUCUGACAGCACCGAAAAGUGACUUCUUUCUUACGCAUGCUGUGCUAAAACGUUUAGUUGGUUAGUGUUAAACGUGGUUGGCGUACAUUUUAUAGAGUUUCUGGUAAUCAGAACGAAAUUACAAAUUUUUCUUGUCGGAGAAAUCAUUUAAUUACAAAAUGGAUCCCAUCCGCAUUAGUGCAAUGGGAGUAGGGCCAAUCAACGAUCGAUUGUGCCGUUUCUGUCAAUUUACGAAAUCAUGUGGAAGACAUGUGACGUUUGGACGGGAUAAAAAUGUAGCCGCAAUCAAAAAACUCUUAGAAUGGCUGCAAGAAGCGAAUUUCAUUACCGCCGAGAUCGUACGAAAUAUCAAAUGCAACAAGCAAUCAAAGAUGCUACGCACCAAAGGCAACAAAUUGUUCACUUCUGAUACCGAUCUGUCCAAGGCACUGGACCUCUACAAUCAGAGUAUUUGCUGGGCAGAAGAUACUGGCGAAGAAUUAGCCAUUGGGUUUGCUAAUCGAUCAGCUGUGUAUUUUGAAUGGGAAAAGUAUGACGCGUGUCUCGAAAACAUUGACCUUGCUGUGAAAGCUGGCUGCCCCGAAAGACUGAUGGAUAAAUUGAAUCAACGCAAAGCAAACUGCGUUACGAACAUGAAUGCCAUAAAAGUUGGUAUAAAUGCCAACGAUCCAAUGUCGAAAAUUCACAGCAUUGACAAAUUGUGUCUCAAAAUGAAGGAUUUCAAUCGGCUUAAGUCGAAACAUUUUUGUUUUGACAUCGACGAAACACACUGCGAGCCUCAGUUGAGCCUACCGGCGAAUCCGAAAAUUCCAUUCAUCGCUAAUUGUCUGGAAAUGAAAACCAGCCCACAAAAGGGGCGUUACAUAGUUACUACAAAGGAAUUGAAACCCGGCCAAAUCAUUUCGAUUGAGGACCCAUUCCUUGCUUCGUUGGAGAAGGAGCAUCGAUAUCGGAAGUGCGCCAACUGUUUUGCUGAGAAUUUUAUGAAUUUGAUUCCGUGCAAGGCGUGCACCUGCACGAUGUUUUGUUCGCAAAAAUGUUUGACCGAAUCGGAAACGGGUUUCCAUCAAUACGAAUGUUCAAUUGCUGAUUACAUUUGGAAUAAUUUCCACGAAAUUGGCUUGACCUUUCGGUUGGCAGUAAAGGCGUUCACCAUGUUUGACACGGUUCAAGAGUUGGUUGACUUUCGUGAGCACAGUAAGACCGCUAACGCGACUGUGUUUUCAUUUGAUCAUACAAUUGGUUUGGAUGAUCGAGACCGUUACAGUCAAAUCGAAAAUCUGUGCACCAACGAAGAGAAUCGGAUCGAAGACGAUUUGUUUACGCGUGGUUGCAAAAUCGCUCUCCUGUACCACCACCUCAUCGAAAAAACGAAAUUCGGUGAAAUGCUCAGAACGGACGCAGAACGAGACGUAUUGAUAUCACUUCUGUUCCAUCAUUCACAAACAACAUCCAUCAAUUCCAUCAAUUGCUACGAAUAUGAUGAUGUGAACUUGGAAGCAAUGGCAGACUUUAAAUCGUCCGAUGUUUUUGCCCGGGGCAUGUAUCCGUUUUCCAGUUUGUAUAAUCAUUCCUGCGCGCCGAAUAUGGCAACAGUUGCUGUUGGAACGAAGAUCGUGUCGUACGUUACGCGAGACAUCAACAAAAAUUCUGAAGUUUUGCUGUGCCUGAAGCGAACGAACCACUUUCAGCGCAAGAAGGACGAGAGGCAGCAUAUCCUAAAGCUUGUCUACGGAUUCACUUGCAAAUGUGAAGCUUGCCAAAAGAAUUAUCCUUCGAUUUACGAAGAACAUCUUGCGUUCGGUUUCCUAAACGCCGAAAUCAAAGCCGUCGUGGAUGCGAUAACUUUCAAUUUGAACGAAGAUGUCGAAAUGAUUAAUCGAUUCAGCGCACUGUUGAGCACGUUAAACAAACAUUAUCCGACUGGUGCACUGUAUGAUAUUGCUGGGAAAAUGCAUCGAGCUUUGGUGUUGAAACAUGGCAAUCUGGCUUCGCAGCUUCAGAUAACGAUGAAGAAAAAUCAGGCGAAGUACAGUGCUGCUUUGCAAAAGUGAGCCCCGUGGGCCCUGUUGACACGGCUAUGGCAUUUUUAUUUUAAGGUUUUCCAUUUUUAUUUUAAGUUUUUCCAUUUUUGUUUUUAACUUGAAUUCGUUUGACUUAAGUUUGUUCAAUUUUUAUCUCACUAUUUAUGAAUGGAUAGUUACCGUGCAAUAAGUUUCGGUUUUUCAGGCUAG